AUGAACGGAACUACAAAUCCGCUUUUGGAUAAAGAGGAGCAUGUGAUGAAGCUUGGAGAGAGCUUUGAGAAGAAGCCCAAAUCGAACAUUCCAACAUUGUUGUAUGAUUUCAAACCAGCUUCUAUCGACACCAGCUACAAGGGAGAAUUGCAGGUCGGAAAGGGGGAUGAAGUUACCAUAACGUUGCCACAUAUUCCAGGCUCCACACCCCCCAUGACGGUGUUCAAAGGGAACAAGCGGCCCUACCAGAAGGACUGUGUCUUCAUCAUCAACCACGACACGGGGGAGUUUGUGCUGGAGAAGCUCAUCAGUAGCAUCCAGGUCAAGAAAACCAGGGCAGAGGGCAGCAGUAAGAUACAGGCCCGUAUUGAGCAGCAGUCGGUGCGGUCCAACCAGCCCAGCUCCCACUUCCGGGCCCCCACCAAGCCUUGGGCUGGAGUUAAGACCUCCCCCUCCCCCUCUAAGGACAACCCCUCUCCAGAGCCCCAGCUGGAUGACAUCAAGAGAGAGCUGCGUGCGGAGGUGGAGGUCAUUGAGCAAAUGAGCAGCAGUGGCAGCAGCUCCUCGUCGGACUCGGCCAGCGGCGACGACAGCUCCAGCAGUGACGGUGAACACGACGCACAACCUCCGUCCGCGCCAUUACCACAGCCACCGCCCCACCCCCACGCCUCCCCCAACCCAAACCCGCUGGCCAACGGGGCCCCUGACCGGCAGCAGGGCACCAACCAGCUCAUGAGCACACUCCGAAAUGAUCUGAAGCCCAGUGAAUCAGGCAGCGACAGCGAUGAUGAUUGAAGUUAUAGCCCCGCCCCCACCUUAUCUCUUUUCAACUGUAACGCCAGUUCCAUUAUUCCAAUGCUGUGGUAACAGACUUUUAUUUUAUUUAGUAUUCCCCUCAAAGCUGGCCUACUUGGAUAUUUUACAGUGUAUUUUUUACUACAUGUAUAUUUUUUGCUUUGUAUGAAAGAGAAAAGACAGUCUAGAAGAUUAUCAUUUUAAGGUUUUUAAGUGUGCCCUUUGUGGCCCCCUACCUCCCUCUGAUCCAGAGAACCUCAAAGGUGUAAUACUAAUUAUGCCUUCAGUUGAUAGGAAAUGUCUAGGCAUAGCACACUUAAAUGUAUUGCUGUGAC